GCCUAGGCGACGGAGCCGCCGUCCGGUCGCCGUGGCAACCGCCUCGGCCGCCUGACACUAGGGGCGACAGCGGCGGGAGAGAGAGAGGGCGACGCCGGCGCUCGGAGCGAUUGGGAGAAGAGUCGGCCGGUAUAUUGAGCAGCCAGAGUGGCCGCUGCCCCUGGGAGUGGCUGCCGCAACGCGCGUGCGAGGGACGACUCUGCUGGCUCCAGUGUUCCACCGUCCGUGCGCGCCGGCAACCGCGAACUUCCACGGGUCCAGGCUGUCCUAUUCUGCUGCACGCGGCACAGCACGCCGGCACCCAUCGAUCUCCGCAGCAGCCCAAGGUGUGGCAUGCCGGUGGCAGGUGCAGCGCCCGGAAGAAGGCGCGCUUACGGCCGACGUACUCGUGAUCGGGCCCGCAUGCUUGACCGCUGAGCCAUGCGACUGCACGUGCUUGUCCUGCUGCUGCUGGCCUCGGCUGGCGGAGGCUGGUCGCGGGAGCGCUGCGAGGACAUCACUAUCCCAAUGUGCAAGGGCAUCGGCUACAACCAGACGUCCAUGCCGAACCAGUUCAACCAGGACACUCAGGACGAGGCUGGCAUGGAGGUUCACCAAUUCUGGCCCCUCGUGGAGAUCCAAUGCUCCGACGACCUCAAGUUCUUCCUCUGCUCGCUAUACACGCCCAUCUGCAUGGAAGAGUAUGCGGGCAGCGUCCCGGCCUGCCGCUCUGUCUGCGAGAGGGCGCGGGCGGGCUGCGCGCCCAUUAUGCGCCAGUAUGGCUUCGCGUGGCCCGAGCGCAUGAACUGUGACGCGCUGCCGCAAUACGGCGACACGGAGCAGCUGUGCAUGGACGCCAAGGAGGGCGCGCGACCGGACAGCGCCGACACGAGCCUCGUGGUGGCCCCUGCGGUGCCCCCGAGCAAGCCCAGAGGAGGUUCGCGGCCCCGACAGCGCGAGCGGCAGCCCGGCGGCCGGGGUGCGUCGAGCGGUGAUUGCGACUGCCCGUGUCAAGCGCCGCUCAUCAACACGUCCGAUCCGCACUUCUACGCGCGCGGGCUCUCGUCGAGGCCGCCGGAGUGCGCGCUGCCCUGCCGCAUGGUGUACUUUAACGGCUACGACCAGACCUUCGCUACGUACUGGGUAAGCACAUGGGCCGUGCUGUGCUGCGUGUCCACCAGCCUCACGGUGCUUACGUUCCUCAUCGACACGGCUCGCUUCCGUUAUCCCGAGCGACCCAUCAUAUUUCUCUCCUUCUGCUACCUCAUGGUGUCCGUCGGCUACCUGGUGCGGCUGGCCAUGGGCCACGAGCCCAUCGCCUGCGACGGCAACGUGGUCCGCUACUACGUGAGCAGCCGGCCGUUCGCCUGCACGCUCGUCUUCAUCCUGCUUUACUUCUUCGGCAUGGCAAGCUCCAUGUGGUGGGUCAUCCUCACGCUCACCUGGCUGCUGGCCGCGGGUCUCAAGUGGGGCAACGAGGCCAUCGCGGGCUAUUCCCAGUACUUCCACAUGGUGGCCUGGGCCGUGCCCACUGUCAAGACCAUCGUGGCUGUGCUGUUGAGCGCCGUGGACGGUGACUCGGUCGCCGGCGUCUGCUACGUUGGUAACCAGGACCUGACCAACCUGCGAGCCUUCGUUCUCGGGCCGCUCUGCCUCUACUUGCUGUUGGGCACCUCGUUCCUGCUUGCCGGCUUCGUGUCACUCUUCCGCAUCCGUUCCGUUAUUCGUGCCCAGGCGCGCGCCAAGGCCGACAAGCUCGAGAAGCUUAUGAUCCGCAUCGGCAUCUUCUCAGUGCUCUACACGGUUCCAGCUACAGUCGUCAUCGCCUGCUACUUCUACGAGCACCACUACCGAGAGCCCUGGCUCCGCCGCUUGCGCUGCCCUUGUCCACGCAACAACGAGGCUCCCAGGCCGCACUUCUUCAUGUUCAUGGUCAAGUACUUCAUGUGUCUAGUCGUGGGCAUUACGUCCGGCUUCUGGAUUUGGUCUGGGAAGACGCUGGAGUCCUGGUGGAAUUUCUACGCCAGGCUUUGCGGAGGUCGCCGCCGACGAGGCCGCAGCGUCGCCGGUGGAGGCGUUGGUGAUUUUCCAGAUCCCCAUGUGCGGACAUUCAAACAGUCUAUGAGUCCGGUCAGUCACAUCGGACAGUUGUCCAGCCAUGGCGGCAAGCAGUUGCCGCUGUCACACGUGUGAGUACAUGCUGGUACCCCAGGUGACCAGCGUGCAUCUCCAACGCCUUCCGUCUAGUCCGCCGUUCGGAUCCGUGCUUAUUCUCAGUGCAUGUUGCAGCAGCGUCAGCGGCUCACGUGCUCUCUGAUAUCGCACCCGCAAGGCCAAGCGCUGCUGGUCAGUGAAAUAAUACGUGCCGCAGAAACGCCCCAUGCGCCCAUCCUUGUUCUUUCGCGGAAGGCAGCUGAACUUACGAACUACGAUGCGCAGCAGCUGUCAGAAAGUCCGCGAAACUGUUUCGCUCAAUGAAGUUCGAAAGGUUACGUAACUAACGAGACCACCAAAAAGCUGUCACUGAAACCUUCCAGCGCUCCCUUUAGCUUUCAUGCGUGCUACGGGCCCGAGCUGGAAACUGUUAACCGUAUGAUCAGUUUUGCCAAGUGUCCCAGAUUCAUAUACGUGUUCGCGACAUAAUUUUUGAUGUGAUUCUACAGCUGAUGUUGCAUAGUGCAGUUGAUGUAGUCGCGUGGACGCCACUAAUGACUACCACCCACACUAUCUGUUGUACCUCGUGUGUGAUGUGUAAAACUUCGUUCGCCACUGAAAAGCGGUAGCACACCUUUCCGUGCUCAAACAUGAGACUUGAGGUUGCAGAAUUUCGAAUGGAGACCAGAAUGGGAGCUUAUGUUUAGCCAUGGAUCUCUGAGGUGAAGAAAAGUGUAUGUAAAGAAAAGACAUGUUCGUUACGGCUGUGUGUAGGGUAGUUACGUCCAUUCUGACUACUCCUAGAAUAUGCUUUAAAUUUUUAUUUAUAUGUACUUGACGUUGCAUUGAUCUUAACGUGGGUAAUACCAGUCUACAUGAACAACACGCUUUCCGCACAUCCGUGUCUAGGUCUUCGACCCUCUUUUAGAUUUCUGUAGCACCCUCGUACUGCUUACUCUGCAAUACUGUAGCGCGCACUCUGUCACAUUGCUGGAUAUUUUUCGCAGUGGACAAAGGCUCGCUCCCUGCGUGAUACGUGAUUGAAAUGUGUGUCGAUUAUAAGUGUUUCCUCUCCUGGGGCGCACCCGUCACUGGAUCGCCCCGAAUCUCCUGUAGUAGGAGCUUACCGCAGUCGAAGCGCGCAGUCGGCGCCGUUCACAACGAGAGGGUCACCUCGUCAGCUGUCCUGUAUAGUAGCCAAGAGCCAUGAGCAAGGCUGCGUUGGUGUAUGUGUUUGGUGUUUGGGUUCGAGUCGGAGAGCGAUCACCUUUGGGAGAGCGGUCGCAGACAGGGCGUCUCACCGAAUGCCCCGGGAGAUAUGCCGGAUAUGCCACCUCGUGGCGAGUCGCGCGCCCUUCCCAAGAGGAAGGCGACUGACUCAAAACCGGAGACGGAGGAAUGCCCGCCGCGACUCCGGCUGUCCGCGCUGUCUCUGGAAAGCUUCACGUCGGGGCGAGGGGCCCUUCUGCCAUUUGUAUGCAGCGCGCGACGACGCCGUGGGCUGUGUACCUCGGGUGACCUAUUUCACGGCGUCAGUAUACCGGCCCCCUACCACACCGCUUCACCCCCUCUGCGCACACAAGCCCUAUGUCGGAGCCUGCGUCGUUUGCGAAAGGCUUUGCGACCGAGCUUUGGUGAAGCCGUGUGUAGAAGAACGCUCUUGUUUGUCUCUCCGAUCUCGCAAUCGGUGGGCCGAUGUUAGCGUAAACGACACAAGGAAGCGCGUGUUCUGUGUACUGCGAUGUUAAUGCUAGAUGGAGAAUUGUGCACCCUCGUUGUGGAAAAAAAAGAAGAAGAAGAGAAUGCGCUGAAAUAAGUAUACGUUCUAGUGUCCAUACAAUCUCAACUGUACUGUCUCGCCUGGUAUGUUUUUCCCAAAAAGUAGAGCACGUGAGAAAGGCUCGACAGUGCUCGGGUAAAUUUUGCUGGCUCAAGCGACAAGUGGUCUACGAAGGCCGUUCUAAGAAGGAAAUAUUCUGUGCACUUGCUCAACGCAGCGCCAAAAUACCGCAUGUGCAUAGGUUAUUCUUUGUACACACAUCCAUUUUGUAUGUUAUCACGAAGUCCGUGCAUCAUGUGUUUCAUGUAUUCGGUGGUCUCCGUGUAGAAAAAAAGAAAAGACAACUAAGGAGAUUCGCCGCCCAGUGUGAAACGUCUCGUCGUUAUUCGGUGGUGUCUGCUUCCUUUUUCCGUUAUCAGUACCGUGUACGCUGAUAACGACUUGGACACGGAUGCCAUUGAUUCUAGUACCCCGGACAACAAUCUUACUGUAUGUAUAGCAGCGGCGAUCUUGUACACCUAUGCCAAGCGCCGACAGACGCGCUCCUUGACGCACCAUGAAGCACGGGUCAUAGAGGAGUCAGAUGCUGCACCUUGUUAUCCAUACAGGAUGCAUGGGCGAGGUCAGAUCUGUACAUGCUUUUCGGAAGAGUUCAGCGCACACUUGAUAUGGCAGCUUAGGCCAACAAGAAUCCCGCCAAUUGUCACCGCUUUCUAAUUGUACUGUUUGCGAAAAACAAGAAACAAAAAACAUUCAGUGAAAUGUCAUUUUGGAGGUUGGCUAAUUUUCCUUAACAUUGACCGGGAAAGUGAACGAAGAGACGUUGCCAUAUUUUAACGUUGCAUGCACGUACUCCGGGCUCCUCGCGAGAGCCGCAUACACCUGCCAUAGCUUCCAAAGGAUGGUAGCUGGAGAUGGCUACAUCUUAAAGGGGCCCUGCAACACUUUUUCAGCAUGGUCAGAAAAGGCUGCGGAUCGGUAGUCCAGGCUCCUCAGAACACGCGAGCCAAACAUUAUAGCGCAGCACGCGGACUGGAAUUUACAAUUAAUUUUCAAAAUCAGCUAGAAAUCGCUCCCUCUUAUCUCUACAAAUGAUGCCAUAUAACUAAAUUACUGCUCCAUAUACCCAAAAACCACGGCCAUUGGCUGAUCUGAGCAUCCUGAGCUGCAUAGUUACCGUGACCGCCGCAGGAUACCUCAACGUGCCCGCUGGCGCGCUCGCGAUGAAAGUAAGCCGCGCGUUCAAAGAAAAAAUGAAAAGAAAUUGCUCAAGGUGAUUAUGCGCGCUGACAAAGGGACGCAUCUUCUUGCCCCCUUGACAUCCCUGCGUAGCUUUCAGCACGCUCGCUAGUGCGAGAGGAGAGAGAAAGCGCUUGAAGCGGGCGACAAAUCCCUGUAACUCCAUCUUGAAUGAAUAAAACGCGCCAAAGAACGAGGACGAACAGACGAAACAACAGACCACGGCGCUGACUCGCAACUAAAACUUUAUUUCACAAGGAACAGAAUAAAUAGCAUCUGGGAAAGGAUAUCAAAAGACCAUCACGUAUGCACUUGGCGACAAAAGUAGCAACAACAACAAAAUACUCUACGUGAGUGAUUAGUCAUGAACAUGAGGCAAGUUAUCUCUGAGAUAAGACACUUCAGCCUGUGACAAGGCUACCGAAGGCUACCCUGUAACUCCGCUCGUACUUGACGGAUUCUAAAAAUGUUUGCGGAGGUCGAUUCGUGAGGCAAUAAGCUCUUGUAAUGAAGCCAUUCGACGAUUACUUGGGAAAAUGUUGCAGGGCCCUUUUAAAACGCGGCGCUUCGCAGCAGAAGUUUUGAAAGCUGCGGGGUGGUACAACGUUAGAAUCCUCUUCAUCAAGUUUCCCUCCGGUAUUAUCAUCCGUUGGUCGGGGGCCGGCAACCUCUACUACAAAACGUAGACGGGAGACCACACGAGCCUAUUAUACGAAACACGAAAUGGAAUUGAACUAGAAUAGAACAGUUCCAUUAUUUACUCCGGCCCUUACCACAUUCAGCAUUAGCGGGAGACGUUCUGCGUAGCUGACGUCACAACGACAAGGCACAAAGUGUAGCCACUACGCGUCUACACUUUGUGCCUUGUCGUUGUGACGUCAGCUACGCACAAUCUCCUAAAAUUCGGAUCUCAGCUCUUUCCUACUGCAGGUAUAUCUCCGAAGAGCUUGUACGGUCCGGUUUGGGCCCAAGGAGCCGUCGAGAGUGUCAACGCGAUGGUCAUUCAAGGGGCUCUGUCAGACCGCAGGCCCUUUGGGUCGAGUGCCGUUCGUUACGCCAUACGUAUUGCUGCAGCUGAGCCGCCUCAGCGUGAGCCCAUUCACUUUGUCUGAAUGCAAUGACCUCGAAGCUCGGCCAAAUUUCUCAGUUCCGCUGUCCCAGCCAUCGGGAUGGCAGCAGAAGAAGGAACAUAUCAUAAGUGGCCAACAGUUUACACAACUCUAUUUGGAAAGAGUCGCGUCGCUGUACAAACACUUUCUCUGUGUCUACCACUUUGCACAAACCACAGGGUCUACGCUGACGAAGAGGGAAAAAAAAAAGGAUUAUCCGUACGUGCUAUACUUACAAGUGUAUGUAUACAUGCUCAUGUUCCACGUUCAUUUGUCACGCCAUUUAUUUUGUUCGCUUAGGUGUAGCAUAAGUCGUGUACAUUUUGUUUAUGUAUAUAUAAAGAAAUAUUGCUAUUGUCAUUGCUAUUACCAAUUAUCACCAGACGUUGUCACUUCCGUCGCCAUUAAGCAACGUUCGCUGGGCAUCCGUUGAGUGUGUAUAAUUUAAUGUACAUUGCCAUUAAAGAAAGAAUCGUAUUGUUGAUAUAA